AGAGAGGGACAGCGAGAGGGAUGGAAAGAGGGACAGUAGAGGGGUGAAACUGGCGUGUCUCUGGACAUGCCAGUCCUACAGCAAUGACUCAUCCGUCACCCACUGGACUUACACUGGAUUUUAUCUUUGGUGCUUGAUGUGGCUUUUCUUCUUACCUAAAUGUUGUCACUGGACAAAAUGCACUCCCGAGCCAAGUCCAGGAGCUGUGACAACUACCUGAGCAUUAAGGACUCUGAGUCCCUGGACAGUUGUAUCCAGAGCACCCUGUCUGCACUGUACCCUCCAUUCAGUGCCACCGCGUCCACCGUCCUGUGGCAGCUGUUCAGCGUGGUGGAGAGACAGUACCGUGGGGACGGACUCCGAUGCCUCAUCGACUUCCUACUUCCUGCCAAGAGGAUCCUGCAGAGCAUCCAACAAGAGACUUGUGUGCGUUUCCACGGCCUGCUGUUCUAUCAUGAGGGUUGGCCCCUCUGCAUCAACGAGAAGGUGGUCCUGCAGCUCGCCCCUCUCCACAAGGUCCGUCUGAAGCAGGGAGACUUCUACCUGCAGGUGGUUCCUCUGGGCCGCAAGGCUGCCAAGCUGGUCAUAAAAUGUCUGUCUGCCAGCGGCCAAGCCAUCGCAGAGAUCCCCAUCCCGGAGAACAUGUACGGCAGCGUCUUCACCGCUGACUUCCUGCAGAAUGUGACUCGCGAGCGCAACCUCCACCCGCUCCAGAACUGGUUGCUCACCACCGGCACCGUCGUGUACCGGACGCCGUGGAAGAACGUGGUGAAUCCUCUGUUCGUCAGCAGCACGGCCGACGCCAUCAUGCAGGCACGGGGCGGUAGCACGGGCUUCCGUGGCCAGCUCAGCGCCUGCAGUACCAGUGGAUCCACGGGAACCCUAGACUCCCACCGCAGCUCCCACGAGUCACUACAGUCCCAGGGGGCAGACUCAACCUUCUCAGAGCCUGCUAUCCUGAGCAGGCGGGUCCAUGUUAUGGACCCCAGCAGCAUUAGUAGGAGGUCCCAACAUGAUCCCAACCCAGGACUUCACCUGAUGGAGAACCACAACCAAAACCACAGCCUGAGAGCAGCUCCUGACUCUCACUUCUGCAGCCCACAGACAGACAGGCUGGCUGGGGAGGGUGGUGGUGGUCCGGUACAGGGCCAGAGGGAGGGGGAGGAGGGCCAGGGUGGGACCAGAGAGAGGACCAGGACCCUGUCGUUCAACACCGACCUCAGUAACCCCAGCCCUCGCCGCCCCCGCCACGCCAGGGACUCUGUGUCCUUCGAGACCCGGAGACUGUUCCGUAAGUCCUACAUGGAGGCCCUGCAAAACCCCAUGAACCUUGGCUCUAGCUCAGAGUCCAUCCUGGAGGAAGGACCAGAGAACAGCCCUGCAUGCCCAGGUCUCAGCCCUCUCAGCUCCAGAGAGGACACCUCAUCCCCAGCCGCGACCCCUGGUAGCAGCCCCUCCACCCCCACCACCACCCAGAGAGAGCAAGGGCCUCGUGGGGCCAGGCUAGGGGGGGCCAGGGCAUGGCUGGGUGGGGACCCCGACUCCCCCCGACUCUCUCCCAGCACGCCUCUCCUGUACCUCCAGAGGGGUCUGAGGAACGCGGGGGGCCUCGAGAACCGGGCUGAGAGGCGCUCCAAGUCUCUGGAGAGGACUAACAAGGUGGCCCAGGUCAAAGGGCACCGGGCGCGCUCCUCCUCCGGGGGCUCGGCCAGCAGUGGAGUCCCCUCACCAAAGAAGCUGAUGAACGGAUACGCCCUGCGCUUUGGACGGCUGGACCUGGAGGCUGCCUUCUCCAGCUCAGACAGCAGGAGAAGUGUCAGAGACGAGACAGCGAUCCAUGAAGGUGGAUCCAGCACUGACCCCAGGCGGCACAGCCAUGAUGGAGCACAGUCACACCAUCACCCCCCCAAACCUUCUAAUGAAGUCCUCAUCCAGCUGGCCCCAGCCCCAGGGUCAGGGUCCCCUCCUAACUGUCACCUCCACCUCCCCAGCCUGGUGUCAGAGGUCAACCCCGAACUACUGGCCUCUGGGGCCAUCAUCUUACCUGGUAACAGAGACCUCGGCGGGCGUCCGGUGCUGCAGGUGUGCACGCGGGGGAGGGUGUGGGCUGGGGAGAGCUGCACGGCCAAAAACCUCACCUGUCUACUGGGUUACUACUAUUCAACGCUCCGUAGCGAGAGGCAGGAUCAAGGCCUAACGGUGCUGGUGGACACCAGGAGACAGCAGCCCAGUCCUGCUCUGUUCUCGUCUCUGUCUGAACUCCAGGUGUUAUUACCAAAUGCACUUUACUCCGUUCUACUGCUUGUGGACAAGGAGGCAACUAUCAAGCCUGAAAGAGACAUUACUAAUGUACAGACUGAGCUCGUGACGUCUCUGAAGACCCUGUUGAAGCACAUAGACUCCAGUCAGCUCACUAGAGACCUGGAUGGAACAUUCCCCUACGACCACAACCACUGGGUCACCUUCAGACAGAAAAUUGAGCCUUUUGCCAGCAGUUGCAGCGUGGCUCUGUCCUCCCUCCAGUCUUCUAUCGCAAUGCUGAGCAGCAGCAGCAACCUGGAUAGCACUAAGGAGGUAUCGGAGGUGCUGGAGCAGCAGCGGUCUCUGAUGAAGUGUGUGUUGGAGGACACCAGUCUGAACAGACUGAGGCUGGAGGGAGGAACAGUCCUGGCCCGUAUCAGGAAGGACGAGGCCUGUGAGAACCACAACUACAGGGAUGCAGUGGACAUGGUGAAUGUCUUGUAUAACCAGGUAGAUGAGGAGGUCCAUAAACUGGUGAUCCUCUCCAACAAGUCCCUGAAACAGCUGGAGAGUCUGCUGGAGGUCCGCAGGUUUGAGGAACAGACAGAGCAGAUCAAAGUAUGGUUCAGUGUGGAAGGAGCGAAGCACAUCACUCCCUUGGACUCUCUCCAUCUCUCUCUGGCUACGCUCAAAGACAUGAGGCAGAGUUUGGAACAGUUCUUUGAGGAGUCAGUUCAGCAGCAGAAGCAGGGUUUACUGCUAGUCAGGCAGUCAGGGGAGUCUCUCCCCAGCUCGGCCCUGCUGGACUUCAAACAGCACCUGGGAUCCAUCCUGGGCGGAGUUGAGAGGAGGAAGCACCAGCUAGACAUCCUCACCAACCUCUACGAGUUCUACGACUCUGCUAACCAGUGGAUGGAGCACUGCCAGGACUACUUCAGGCAGCUGAACCUGGAGGACAGUGGUGUGAGCCUCCCUCCUGCAGUACUUCAGAUCCUCCAGGACUAUCAGACUGAGGCCUCCAAGUUCUCCCUGGACAACUUCAGCACCCUCAGUGACAUGGUCCUGUCCCUGGAUAGCCCCCGGCAGACCCAGCAGUGGAACGUCCUGUGGACCAAGUGUCAACAGACCAAGAACCAGCUGGAGGAAACCCUGGCCCAGGCCACAGCAGCAGCUACUGCAGCCUCUAACUCUUCAGCCUCUAAAUCUGCAGCCUCUAACUCUGCAGCCGGAAAUCUAACCACAGACCCCUCAGAGACUGCAGACAGACAGGGGGGCUGCACUCACACAGAGCAGCACGGGGCUGCUGCAGAGGACCUUGUUUUACCUGAGUUGCCCACUCUAGGGUCAAGGGUCAUGGUGUCAUCACUGGAGUUUGAGGAAGACACCAAGCUUCACUCCGCAGGGCACUUCUCCUCCAAUUCCAACAACAACAAGAGCCCUUCCUCCUCCUCGUCCUGCUCCUUCACCUCCUCCUCCCUCUUCCCCUUCCCCCCCGCCCCAGAGGGAGACCCCCUCUUCAAGCUGCGGCAGAGCCCCUCUCUGUUCGACGACACGGACAGCGACUGCACCAUCGACUCCCUGGGGGCCGCCUCCUGCUACUCGGAGCCUGUCUAUUCGUCCUCUGGGACGCCACUCCACCAUCACCACCAGCACCAGCAUCACCACCAGCACCGCAAACAGCCGCUCAAGAAGAUCAUGAAGAAGACGCUGAGCUAUGAGCUGACGGCGGCGCAGGACGGUGGCGGUGGCCAUGUUGACACCAGCCACCUGCAUGGCUACACGGGGGUGUACAUCAAGGGGCUGGAGGUGGCCAACAACGUGUCGGUGGAGAAGAAGCUGCAGAGGCCUGACGUGGUGAGCCCGGCACUGGGACGCAGCCGCAGUAUGUCCUCCCCCACCAGACACUCAGAGGGAGACGGAAAGAAGCAUAGCAGUAAAGUGCAGCACAUCAUGGAUGAGAUGAUCUCCACGGAGAGGGAGUAUGUGCGUUCCCUCAGCUACGUCAUCGAGCACUACUUCCCAGAGAUGGAGCGUCUGGACCUGCCUCAGGACCUCUGGGGGAAACGCAGCAUCAUCUUUGGCAACAUGGAGAAACUGUGUAACUUCCACUGCCAGUACUUCCUGAAAGAGCUGGAGGCCUCUGCCCACUCUCCCCUGUCCAUCAGCAGCUGCUUCCUCAGACACGAGGAUCAGUUUGGAAUGUAUGCUCUCUACAGCAAGAACAAGCCGCAGUCUGACGCUCUACUCACCAGCCACGGGAACGGAUUCUUUAAGAACAAGCAGUUGGAGCUGGGUGAUAAGAUGGACCUGGCGUCCUACCUGUUAAAGCCCAUCCAGAGGAUGUCUAAGUACGCCCUGCUGCUGAAGGACCUGAUCAAGGAGUGUGGUCAUUCCCAGGAACAGGAGCUCUCUGACCUCCGCACCGCAGAGGAGAUGGUCAAGUUCCAGCUGCGCCACGGCAACGACCUGCUGGCCAUGGACGCCAUCCGGGGAUGUGAUGUGAACCUGAAGGAACAGGGUCAACUGAGGUGUCAGGAUGAGUUCAUCGUGUGGUGCGGCCGCAGGAAGUACCUCCGUCACGUCUUCCUGUUCGAGGACCUCAUCCUCUUCAGCAAAACCAAAAAGAUAGAGGGAGGAUACGACCUCUACAUCUACAAGCAGUCCUACAAGACGGCAGAGAUAGGAAUGACAGAGAGCGUGGGCGACAGUGGGCUGCGUUUCGAGAUCUGGUUCCGGAGGAGGAAGUCCCAGGACACGUUCAUCCUACAGGCCAGCUCUGGAGAGGUCAAGGCUGUGUGGACUGCCAUCAUCGGAAAGAUCCUCUGGAGGCAGGCGCUACGGAACAGGGAGGUGCGCUUGAAAGAGAUGGUUUCCAUGGGGAUUGGCAGCAAGCCUUUCAUGGACAUCAAGCCUAGUGAUGCUGCCAUUAGUGACCGAGCCAUUGACUACAUAAUGAAGGGGUCAGAGUCGAGGACCAGGGCAUCCAUCGCGGUGUCCUCCUUCGACCACUCCACACCCUUUAAGCGGCCUCACUCCACCAUCUCCAACAGUAGCACCUCCUCUUCCUCCUCCCAGUCCUCCUCCUCACUGCUGGGCUCCCUCAACCUGCACCUGUACCCCUCGCCUGCCCACCAGCACCCCCACGCCCUGGGCAGCGUACCCUCCUUCAGCCACUGGCCCUACGACUGCAUUGAGGAGGACGAGCUGGAGCAGGACACUGGCAGCCAGCCUUCUAUGAUCACAGAGAGCUCGGGGGAGACAUCGUCCCAGUGUAUCUCCAGUGACAGUGUGACGGGGCUGAGCAGCCUCGCCCUCCCCAUCCCAGGCCACGGCCGCCCCAACAUCAUCAUCAGCACCUUCCCCAGCGACUCCACUUCCUCCUUCCUGUGUUCGUCCACGCCUCUCGGCUCCUCCCACCCUCAGAUGGCCCCUCCCCCAGCCCCGUUCCCUAAGGACCAGGACCUCCAAGCCCAGGGCAGCAUCUUCAUCACAGCAAGCAAGACCUCUCAUAUUACAAUAGGCCUCUCUACAGUGGUCUGACUCACAGAGAGAGAGGGCUUUUUAGCUCACUGUGAGGCCACUGCACUGAGAACUGGUGUUACGGAGGAUCAGUAAGGACUUGUGAGUGAGGAAGCUAUACUGUUAAGCAUGCACAGUGGACUCUACUGUGUCUCUACUGGACUACUGGACUCUACUGUGUCUCUACUGGACUACUGGUCUCUACUGGAUUCUACUUUGUCUCUACUGGACUCUACUGGUCUCUACUGGACUCUACAGGACUCUACUGUGUCUCUACUGACCACUCUGACAGCAACAGACACACAACAGACCACUCUGACGACAACAGACACACAACAGACCACUCUGACAGCAACAGACACACA